ACACCGCGUGUGUAUUUUCACCAGAAGUCCCUUCUGCAGGUUUAGAUUGCAGCAGCAAUGGCGGCUCCCAGCAGGAAGCAGACUUUGAGGUUCCUCAGCCAGCUAGGAGCCUUUAUUCUGACCAGGUUUGGGUUCUGGAACUGUUUUAGCAUGCUGAUGCUGUUUGCUGAACGAGCAGACUCAAAAAGGAAGCCAGACAUCCAUGUACCAUACCUGUACGUGGACAUGGGGGUUGCAGUGCUCUGUGCCAGCUUCAUGUCGUUUGGGGUGAAGAGGAGGUGGUUUGCAAUGGCCGCCGCCGUACAACUGGCCGUCAGCACUUACGCAUCGUAUGCUGGAGAACAGGUGUACUACGGGGACUGGCUUAAGGUACGGAUGUAUUCCAGAGCGCUGGCCAUUAUUGGAGGCUUUCUGGUUCUGGCCAGCGGGGCGGGGGAGGUGUACAGACAGAAACCUCGCAGCAGAUCCCUGCAGUCUACAGGACAAGUUUUCCUGGGCGUUUAUCUCAUUUGCAUGGUGUACUCCCUCCAGCACAGCAAAGAGGACCAGCAGGCCUAUCUGAACCACAUCAUUGGAGGAGAGAUCACUCUGAUGCUGCUGGAGGUGCUCUUUGGGGUGCUGGCUCUGGCCUUCCUCUCCGGCUACUACAUCCGCCUGGCCGCUCAGAUCCUGGCCACCACUCUGCCUCUGGUGAUCCUGCUCAUUGACGGCAAUCUGGGCUACUGGCACAACACCCGCAAGGUGGAGUUCUGGAACCAGAUGAAGCUGAUCGGACAUAACGUGGGCAUCUUCGGCGCCGUGUUGAUCCUGGCAACUGACGGUUGAACCCUUGAGGCUCUCAGAGACAACUCCUACAGGCCGAGGUGUCUGCGCAGGAUGCAGUUGUUGGCCUUUUGCGCCAGAGCUCGACUUUGAACUCAGACCUGCCGUCGCUCAGUGACCUCUCAGGAUUCAAACACUCCAGGCUGAGACUGUUGAAUGUACGCGGCGUCGAUUGUUUUUGGGCACCAGUUGGUAUCUUUUGCUUUUGCAAGAAAAAGAAAAAAAACAAAAAAAACACAUGCUUCCUUUUUCGCAAUUUUAUAAUUUAUUUGUUUACAUUUUUGUAUCUGUUAUGCUCUGAAACAUGACACUAAUGUUAAGUAUUGAUACUGUAUAUCUACAGAAUACCUUCUACUCCAGAAAUCAUAGUCUUAAAUGUAAUAAUAAUGUUUCACAGUAUAUGGUUUUCAAAAUUUGCAAAUAAAGGGAAUC